AACAGAUUCAGGGGUAAAUAAUAAUUAAAAAUAUAUUGAUAAAUAUAGAGGAGAUAAGAGGGAGGGUUUCAAGUCAAUCCAGGCGGUAACUUGUUCUUUUCCUGUUGUUGUUUCAAACACUCAAAUCAAAUCACACCCAUCCACCCACCCCUCCUUUCUUCUAUAUCAUCUCUCUGGGGAUUGGAAUUGGAAUUGGAAUUGGAAUUGGAAUUGGAAUUGGAAUCGGGGGAUUUCAUCAAGGCAGGCAGAGAGGAUGUCAAGAAAUCACAAGGUAAACAAUCCCACAAGUGGUGAGGGUUCUGGAAAUAAUCAUAAUAAGACGUCAUCGUUUAAUGAUGAUAUAGAUGUCUUGUCCAAAGUUUUAUAUCAUGAUGAUAAUAAUAAAACCCCCACCACCCAUCCUAGGAUUGGUAGUAAUUCUAUGACCCGAUCCAAAUCUGUUUCAAGACCCAAUACCAAGCCAAAUUCCAAGAUCUCUAGUAACGAAGAUCGGUUUCUCAAGGACAAGAAGUCCCUUUGGAGUUGGAACACCUUGAAAUCUUUGACCCACGUGCGUAACAAGAGAUUUAACUGUUGUUUCUCUCUUCAAGUCCAUUCCAUUGAAGGGCUGCCCCCGAGUUUUGAUAAUCUUAAAAUUUGUGUCAAGUGGAAGAGACGGGAUGGUGAGUUGACCACCGGUCCCGUUCCUGUUGUGCAAGGUGUUGCUGAGUUUGAGGAGCUUUUGACCAACACUUGCUCGGUUUAUGGUAGUAGGAGUGGGCCGCAUCACUCGGCUAAAUAUGAAGCUAAACACUUUUUGUUGUAUGCAUCUUUGUUUGGUGACCCUGAGCUUGACUUAGGAAAACAUAGGGUUGACCUUACUAGAUUACUUCCUCUUACAUUGGAGGAGCUUGAAGAUGAGAAAAACUCAGGGAAGUGGACUACAACGUAUAGGUUGUCUGGGAAGGCCAAAGGUGCAAUCAUGAAUGUCAGUUUUGGGUAUUCUGUUGUAGUUGGGAAUAAUAAUAGUGUUGGCAUGGCCAAAUAUCCGGCAAAGGCAUCAAGUAUCAGGCGAGGGGAUAGUCUUCCUGUCAGUGCUCGUUCUGUAGAAGAUAUAAAGGAUCUUCAUGAGGUGUUGCCGAUAUCAAAGUCGGAUCUUUCUGAAUCAGUGAGUACGUUGUAUAAGAAACUCGAACAAGAGAAGUCAGAUGAUCUUCAUGAAGUGUUGCCAAUAUCAAAUUCAGAACUUUCUGAAUCGGUGAGUAUGCUAUAUAAGAAGCUUGAAGAAGACAAGUCAAUAUUAUCUGUCGACUAUGAAUCUCAACGAGAUGUUCAAGUUGUACCUCAUGAACCCCCAAAUCCAGAUUCAAACACUCCCGAUCCUGAUUACAGUAACAUGAUCAGUGAGUUUUCCGUCCUGGAUCAGGGAAUUGAAUUUCCGUCGAAAGAUUAUGUAAAACCAGAACAUGAUAUAAAGGCUUCUGACAAAGAAGGUUCCUUGAAAGUUUUUGAUGGUUCUGAUUACGAGUCUUUGAAGAUCAAUGUAACCGAUAGUAAAAUAGAGUGUGACAUAACUGAAAGCGGCACCAGAGGACAAGACUGUGGUGACAAAGAAUUGCUCUUGCAAGAACUGGAGUUGGCUCUAAAUAAUGUGCUGGACUUGAAAGAAGAAUCAGAUUCACAAGAAGAAGGUCAAAAUCUUAAAGAAUAUGAUAAUGCUGUAUGCAGUGACGAAUCAGGUUUUGGAUAUGGAGAAAGUCAAAACUUUGACCAAGGGGAAUACACGGAGCUUAAAGUUGGGUACAAAAAGAAAGGGAAGUCGCUUAAGCUGGAUUGUGCUGCUGAGGCCGUGGCUGAUGAUUUCUUAAACAUGCUUGGUAUUGAGCACAGUCCGUUCGGCUUUAGUUCUGAAAGCGAGUCAAACUCACCACGAGAAAGGUUGCUAAGGCAAUUUGAGAAAGAUGCCCUGGCUAACAGUUCUUCUUUGUUUAACUUUAAUAUUGAUGACGAUGAUGAACCAGGUUUCAUGUCUGACCCUCCAUCUGCCUCAAUGUGGGGACUGAUGCCGGAAGGACCAAGCAAAACAAAGGCAUCCAUCUUGGAAGACAUGGAGACAGAAGCCUUGAUGCGUGAGUGGGGUCUAAAUGAGAAAGUUUUUCAGAGAUCCCCAUCGAGUAUUUCAGGUGGAUCAGGAGUUGACCUUUCUCCCGAAGUGCCACUUGAACUUCCUCCACUUGGAGAAGGGUUAGGGCCAUUUGUUCAGACCAAUAAUGGUGGGUUCUUGCGUUCCAUGAACCCUGAGAUUUUCAAGAAUGCCAAAAGUGGAGGGAACUUAAUUAUGCAGGUUUCCAGUCCAGUGGUUGUACCUGCAGAAAUGGGUUCUGGCAUAAUGGAUGUAUUACAAUGUUUGGCCUCGGUUGGUAUCGAAAAGCUUUCAGUACAGGCUAAUAAGCUCAUGCCUCUAGAAGAUAUAUCUGGAAAGACCAUUCAGCAAAUAGCUUGGGAAUCCACACCAUCUUUGGAAGGACCACAUACGCAAGAUUCGUUGCAACAAGAGCCGGUUCAUGGACAAUUUGCAGCAGAUCACUCCAAUUUACAAUCCUCUGGUCGGAGGUCUAGAAAAUACGAUUUGGGUGCAGUGGAUCCUGAAUAUGUAUCGUUGGAGGACCUUGCUCCACUGGCAAUGAACAAGAUCGAAGCUUUAUCAAUGGAGGGGUUAAGAAUACAGUCGGGCAUGUCAGAUAACGAUGCACCUUCAAAUAUCAGCCCGCAAUCCAUCAACGAAGUUUCGGCUCUUGAGGGUAAAAGGGUAAAUUUGGAUGGGUCUUUGGGUUUGGAAGGAACUGGGGGACUGCAGUUGUUGGAUGUUAAGCACAGCACUGUUAGUGAUGGUCAUGAUGAUGAGAUGGAUGGAAUAAUGGGUUUAUCUGUUACUCUUGAUGAAUGGAUGAAAUUGGACUCUGGUGAACUGGGUGAUGGGGAUGAAAUUAGCGAAAGAACUUCUAGAAUUCUUGCUGCUCAUCAUGCUAGUGAUUUGAUGCGUGCAAGAAGAGGCAAAGGUAAAGGCUCAAAGAGAGGCGGUCUCUUAGGAAAUAAUUUCACUGUGGCAUUAAUGGUUCAGCUUCGCGACCCAUUAAGAAACUUUGAGCCCGUUGGCACUCCAAUGCUUGCUCUUGUUCAAGUUGAGAGAGUUUUUGUCCCACCAAAACCGAAGAUUUACAGCUCUAUUUUUUCGUUGUGGAAUAAACCUGAAGAAGAAAAUGAAGCCACAGUUGAAGAAAAGAAAGUUACUGUUGAAGUUAAAGAAGCUAGUGUUGAAGAAGAGACAGUUAAUGUUGACGAAAAUGUUUUGGUUCCUCAGUUCAAGAUUACAGAAGUUCAUGUUGCAGGUGUGAAAACUGAGCCCGAGCCAAGUAAGAAGCAGAUUUGGGGUUCAAACGCUAAACAACAACAGGCUGGAUCUCGAUGGUUGGUUGCCAAUGGGAUGGGGAAGAAGAAUGCAAAACAUCCGCUUAUGAAGUCAAAACCUGUUGCUGCUUCUGGUAAAUCUUCUGGUAGUUUAUGGAGCAUAUCAUCUAAGGGUAAAGGAUCAGUUAAGGUGGAUACACCUGUAAGAAAUCCUAAUGUCAUCAUCCCGAAUGAAACGGUUAAGUUACUUAGUGGAGCGGGUUUUGUGUAAAGAGAUCAUGAAAAACCUGCAUGAAUCAUUCAUUAGUUCAAUGGCUUUGACAUUUUCUAUUGAACUCUUUGCUUAAGGGCGGUGGAAGUGGAAGGUCAGAAUCCGAAAACUGAAAAGUUCCUGAAGUUGAUAGUGCUUGUGAUAGCGAAAUGUCUUGUGACUAUUUAGAAGACCUGUUUUCAUUAAAAGGCAACGGUUAGCUGUUGUGGUGUACAGUGUUUGUUCUUCUGAAAAAUAUUUAAAAUCCCGACCAGCCCUGUCUGAUCAAAACUUGAAAGAAUGGAUAGUCGUAAAAACGUACUUGAUUCCCGUGGAGUGGGGCGACGCCUUUGGUGCAUAUGCUAUUCCCCACUUGUGACUUCAACUUUAAAUUUAAAGUUAGGCUCCAAAUGUUUAAUUAUAUUGUCAAGACUUCUUAUUUAUUCCACAUUGUAUAUGAUUUUCUCAAA